GUCAAAACACGCGGUUCAUUCUCGUUUGCAGAUGAAUCGGCAUCCUUCUUUUGCAACCAGCGUUUGUUGUCUCCCAUCUCCCCUCAACAGAACAAUACAGCCAGUUGCGAACAAUGCUCGCGGCCGCUCGGUGGGCUUGAUUUCACCUCACAAAGCAUCACUUUUCUUUUGAAACCCUCACACUCGUACACUCUUUCCUUAGCCACAUCUCUCUCGACCAGACUCGCUCCUCAGAGCUGCAUCAACCAAUAGCUCUCCGGAAUGUCGGUUCCUUUCAAGCUCGAGGAUGUUGUCGCCAACGCUGAGCUUCGCGGCUUUGGUCGUAUCGAUGCCAUUAGACUCGCUACCGUCGCCUUCCAUCAACUGCAGCACCUCCAGCACAUCGCACCGACCGGCCAGCACGUCACAGCAGCUGAUGUCGCUGAGGCUUUGAAGUUGCGGGCUUCUAAAGAAGCCGAACGAGCCUCUCGAGAGGAGGCAGACCUGCAAGCUCUCGGCAUCGUCGUCUCGGAUGCGGCGGUCCUUGGGAAUCAAGUCAUGGAAGAUGCUCAAGAUAUCACCGACUACACCAUGGAGGAGGGAUACGGCCAGGUCUUGGAAGAAAAGUUUUCCGUUCAGAAAGACCACCUCAAUGGAGUAUCCAACAAGAAGUUCAAGUUUAUGCCGGAUGGGCUGGACAAGUUCUUUGGCGGAACCACUCCAUAUAGCCCCGAAAACGACAUGAACAAGCUCAGUCUCAAGCACACAAGCCACGACAUCAUCACUGCACUCUGCCAACACGUCGAAAUCGCUGUUGAGAUUGGCAAGCACCUACGGCCACGAGAUGUUUUGAACCUCUAUUCAGUCAGCCGAUCAUUCAAUGAAGCCAUCAGCAGCCACAUGUUCUCCAGCAUUAAGGCGUGGGUAUCAUUAAACGCCCCAGACGCUGGCCGCACAUUCAACUUUAAGCUCUACCGCCGUCAUUUGAUCCCCGAUCCUGCUGGCCGGACAUGGGUCGGCCAAGAUCCAAGCGCCCAGUCUCGAAUUCCAUCACACCAACGGAAUGAUGCUCGACUGAUCCCCGGCAUCAAGUAUCUACAGCUGGUCUUGGGACGUGUUCGGUGCUGCAGAGAGAUCAUCGCCAUCCUAGCCCGCAAUGGACACCGCUUGCCAAAUGGUAUGCUUCCUACACUCGUCCGUCUUUGGCUCCUGAUGGAAGUUUCCACGACCGCCCAGCGACAGGCUUUGUUGCAUUCCCAAGAAAUAUGGACUGAAAGAGACCUCUUCAAUGUCCAAUUCUUCCUCGUCAAGCUUGGCAUGCACUUUAUCGAUCCUGUCUUCGGUCCUGCCUCUACCGAACUGGUCAACCUCAUGAUGGGCCAGAAGGGCUUGUAUCCAUUGUGGCAGCUGCUCAUGUGCAACAAAUACACCGAGCUUUCCGAUUUCCUGGAGCUCAAGGUGCGGUAUGACUACCAAAUCUCGCCCACCCACUGGACCCAGGACCUUGCAAAUACGGAAAUUUUCGGCGUUCCUUGCCAUGAAGUCGGCAUCGUUCACUGUGAGGGGUGGGGUGAAGGCAUACGGCAUCUCGCACGCCCAGAUGAGCUCAUACCCAUGGAGGCUGUGACCCGUGGCCUAGAGCUUGACAAACACUUGAUGGACAUGGUCGUCUGGGGUUAUAUUGACUUCAGCACUGGAGAGAAUCUUGUGCCGACCGAAGAGGAGAUGUACAUUUCAGACGAUGAAAAUGUCCUGAAGCACGUGGACACUCGGCACCACUGGAAACGCAAGCACACCCUCAAGAAGCGUUGGAACAAACUCACGCCACAGCAACAGCAGGAAAUUAUCGACGACGAUGAGGAUGAGCGGCUGCGCUCCAUGGCCUGGUGUGGUGACUCCGACUCCGAGGACGGAGACGGAGAAGAGGAAGAGUCAGAAGACGAGUGCUCCACGGCAGGCUACUCUCUUGACGACGAGAUCAGACGUGGAGUGCGGCUCAGACCUUACGUCAGGGGCAAUCCAUCAGGCGUCCCAGCUCUAGACGAUAACCAAGCUUGGAUCGAGUUUGUCAACAGCUCGCUACUAGGAAUGGGAGCGGAUCUGGGCAUUGACGGAGAUCAGACAUUGAGUUCAAUGGCACGCGAGACUCACAGGGAAGAAGAGUUGUUUGGUGUAUUCAACUGGACAAAGUGGACAGUGAAUCGAGACCAGCCCUUGGCUUGGGCAGGCGAUGGUGGUGUGAAUGACGAGGAUGAGGAUGGCGAAGAAGGGAUCCAGGAAGAUGAAGAUGAGACCGAGGAAGAGGCCGAGGAAGAUGAGACUGAUGAUGCGGAAACGGAGGGUGAG